AUGGGCAAGAACGACUCCUUUUCAGAUGGUGAUGCUAAGAAGGGUGCCAACCUCUUCAAGACAAGAUGCGCACAGUGCCACUCAGUUGUCGAGUCAGAAGGCAACAAGAUCGGUCCUAACCUACACGGUCUUUUCGGUCGAAAGACUGGCCAGGUAGAAGGCUUCUCCUACACAGAUGCCAACAAGCAGAAGGGCAUUGAGUGGAAGGAGGACACUCUCUUCGAAUACCUCGAGAAUCCAAAGAAAUACAUUCCCGGAACCAAGAUGGCUUUCGGUGGUCUAAAGAAAGGCAAGGACAGGAACGACUUGAUCACUUGGCUACGAGAGGAGACCUCAAAAUAG